AUGUUACCAUAUGCUUUAUUGGGUUAUCGAACGACUAUUAGAACAUCGACUGGAGCUACUCCGUACUUACUAGUAUAUGGAACAGAGGCAGUCAUACCUGCCGAAGUUGAGAUACCGUCAUUGAGAAUCAUCCAAGAAGCUGAGUUGAGUAACGCUGAAUGGGUUAGGAAGAUAAUCGAUCAGUUAACUUUGAUUGACGAGAAGAGAAUGGUUGUUGUUUGUCAUUGUCAGUUGUAUCGACAGAGAAUGAUUCAUGCUUUUCAUAGGAGCGUAAGAUCCAGAGUUUUCAAAGUUGGUCAGUUGGUCCUUAAGUGCAUUUUCCUCAUCAAGACGAAUACAAAGGAAAAUUCGCGCCGAAUUUGCAAGGACCCUACAUGGCUUGCAAGGUAUUAUCCGGAGGUGCUUUCGUCUUGUCAGAGAUGGAUGGCACUGCAUGGCCGAAACCAAUUAACUUAG